CCGAUCUUUCUGCAACCAUAAGCCAAUCUGAAACAAUUUUAUAUUCUACCAAAAAAUCUAAAAAUGGCUUCCACAAAGCUUAGAAGUUCAUGUUCCUUCCCAAACCUUCUCCUCUCUUGUUUAAACUUCACUCUCUUUAUCCUCUCUGCGGCUUCUCUAGCUCCAAUCAUUCUCAUUAAAAUGCCACCUACUUCUUUUGGCAUGGCAUUCAUCGCAGUCUCUUGCAUCUCAUUGCUCUCCUCUUUUGUGGGUUUCUACUCUCGGCUUACUCACUUCUGCUUCAUAACCCAUGUUUCGCUUCUCCUUUCCUCGCUGAUCGGGCAAUUACUCACCAUAUUGGCCUUAUUCACCAGAGAAAGAUCAAGCAUUUCCUUGCUCAAGUCAGCAAGGGAUCCGAAAGAGACUAAGGUUUUGGUGAGAUUAGAAUGUGGAAUCUCGAUGGCAAUGUUUCUGAUCCAGCUGAUAGUGUUUGUAUUGAGCUGUGUUAUUCAUAGCUAUUGGGUGAGAGAGUACGAGGAAAUCGAAGCGGAGAGAGAGGUGACGGCGAGGAAGAGGAAUCGGAGGAUUGCUCAAAUACAAGAGGAAUCCAUAGCCAAUGCAACCAAGAUUGCAGAAACUAAAGCUAAAGAGUUGGAUGAAAAGAUGAAGAGCCAAUAUGGGCAGUGGUGGGUUAAAAAUGAUUUUGAAGGCUAAACGCCCCAUCAUUUGUCCCUUACUACCUCUUGGAUGGUGUACAAAUCUAUGUGCCUGUUGUUGCUUGUCUUCUUAAUUAUAGGUCACCAUACAGGUGGCCGGUUGAUUUGCACUACGUUGUUUGGUUAUUCAAGUUAUCCCUUAUUUUUUUAAA